AUGGAUGAGCAUCAGAAGAAACUCAAUCAGCGGCAGGAGGGGCGGCCCCGCAAAGUGAGAUUCAAAAUCUCCUCCUCCUACAGUGGCCGGGUGCUGAAGCAGGUCUUCGAGGACGGGCAGGAGCUGGAGCCCCCGGCCAAGGAACGCACUCGGCGCUUCCUCCGCCACAGCUUCGAGCCAGGGGAGCGUGUCUGCGGGGCUGGGGAGAUGGCAGAGAGCAGCAGGUUCUACCCACCAGCCAAGAUGACUGCCCAGCGCAUCAGCAUCUUCAAGGAGGAUAAGAAGUACAGCCUGGCCAGCAGCUCCCCUCUCCUCGGUGACUGCCAGGCAGGGGGCAGUCACUGCAGGCUUUCCCCAAUUCUAGAUUUUGGCAAGAUCAUCAUCUACACCAACAACCUGAAAAUCAUCCGUGCACCAAUGGACCAGAAAGAGCUCAUGAGGAGAGUCAUCCAGACUGAGGGAGUGAGUGACUGGGCCUUUGUGUACCGGGAAAAGAAAGAGAGGCUUGGUGGUGGGCAUAAAAAAGAGGUGGAAAUGAAGGCUGCCUGCAACCAAUAUGUGCAGGCCAUAGCUGCUGGAGGUGACUGCUCCCAGUGUCAGGGGUCAGGCUGUGCCCCGUGCUCGCUGUGCCAUGGCAGCAAGUUUUCAAUGCUGGCAAACAGGUUCAGAGAGUCCUACAGGGCUCUGAGGUGUCCAGCUUGCAAUGAAAGUGGGCUGCAGCCCUGCCAGAUCUGUGCUGCCUGA